CGGGCUCCUGCUCCCGCCGCCAUGGAGCUGAGCGCGGUGACCGAGCGGGCGGAGAGCGGCGACCAGGACCGGGCGUUACCGGCGCUGCAGCGCUUCAUCGCCGAGAAUUCACAAUGUUUCCUGUUCGACGUGGAGGGGAGAGACCAGAGGCGGCAACUGGGACAGGCGGUGCUUCGGCUCCUGGGACAGGACGUCCAGCCGGCAUGUCAGCUGGCCUGUUUGGGCGCUCUGCGCAUUCUCUCCCGGGAGAAGAGUAACCUGAGGCCAUUCACCAGCCCGGAGGCCCUGGAGACACUGGGCAGGCACGCUGGGAUAGGCGAGGAGCGAGAGGGGGAACUGCACGACUCCGAUGUGACGGUGGAGGCUCUGAAGUGCCUCUGUAAUGUGGUGUUCAACAGCCCCAAGGCCCAGGAGAUGUGUGCGGAGAGCGGCCUGGUGGUUGGUCUCUGUCGGCGCAUCAGACCCGGUGAGAAGCAGCUGACCCCCAACAUCAGGUUCUUCGACUGCCGCUUGCUCUUCCUGCUGACGGCCCUGAGGCUCGACAUCCGUAAGCAGCUGGGCCGCGAGCUGCGAGGGGUGCGUCUGCUGACUGAUGUGCUAGAGGCCACGCUGGCUGUACGCUGGGCCAACAGCCUGGAGGUGGCUGCCCGAGGGCAGCAUGAGCCCCCACUGGCCCGGGACCAGACCGACUGUGCCAUGGAAGUUCUGAAGAUCCUCUUCAACAUCACCUUCGACCUGAACAAACGGCAGGUGGAUGAGGAAGACGCUGCUCUCUACCGGCAACUGGUGGCCAUCCUACGGCACUGCCUCCUGACCACAGUGGACGGAGAGGACCGGACCGAGGAGCUGCACAGUCACACAGUGAACCUGCUGGGGAACCUGCCCCUGAUGUGUCUGGAUGUCCUGCUCACACCCCGCGUGCAGCCUGGCUCAGUCGAGUAUCUGGGAAUGAACAUGGAUGCUGUGGACGUGCUGCUGGAUUUCCUGGAGAAGAGAGUGGACCGGGGACACCGGCUGAAGGAAAUGGUGACCCCUGCUCUCAACCUGCUGACCGAGAGUGCCCGGGGUCACCGGGAGACCAGGAAGUUCCUCCGGAUGCGGGUGCUGCCCCCGCUGCGUGAUGUCCAGACACGUCCCGAGGUGGGGAACCUGCUGCGGAACAAGCUGGUGCGGCUGAUGACUCACAUCGACACCGACGUCAAGCACUGCGCCGCUGAGCUUCUGUUCGUCCUCUGCAAGGAGAACGUGACGCGAUUCGUCAAGUACACUGGGUACGGGAAUGCAGCAGGUCUGCUCGCCGUCCGAGGGCUGAUGGGAGGCUGCUCGCCCGAGGGAGCCUACUCCGAGGAUGAAGACACAGACACCGAGGAAUACAAGGAAGCCAAAGCCGACAUCAACCCAGUGACAGGGAGAGUGGAGGAGAGAACAGCCAAUCCCAUGGACACCAUGACCGAUGAGCAGAAGGAGUACGAAGCCAUGAAAUUAUUCAACAUGUUUGACAAGCUGGCCAGGCAGCAGAUAAUUCAGCCAAUGAGCUUGGCCCCGGAUGGAAAGCUGGUCCCUCUGGAGGAGGUGAUGCAUCCGUUGGUGGAAGUGUCCGAGUCAGACUCUGAUUCAGAUUGAAAUGUUGGGUGCCCAGGAAAGCAUUG